CUCCGCUUCCCGGCGGGGAGGGGGGGGAUCCUGGGUCGUGGGCGUCCGGCGGUUCCCCCGAUUCGCGUCCGGGUUCGCGGCGGUCCCGCGCGGUUCGCGCCGCCGUUCGUCUCCCGGGCCUUUUUUUUUUUUUACCCUUCCGUUCGGUAGCACAUUCAGAUUGUCACGGAAGAGCCAUUUGUCACCGUGAACUGUGGGCAAAAGCCCGGAUGUGAAUUCUGAGAAUGUCAUGUCAUCUGAUGUUUGAUCUGGAAAUUUAAAUCUAGUAUCUGCUGGAGAUAUGGGAACAGACGUUGAGGUGAAAAAUUACCCAAAGCUUCAGCAGAUCGCCAAGAAGGGGAAGGAGCGGAUCUUGUCACCUCGUGGGUCUGAAAUUAUAAAGUUCCCAGAAAAGUUGAAGGUUGAAAAUCGUCAAUGUCUGCAAAAUGUGCGUCAGCGUUGUGAACCAGUAGAAAGUUUAGAUGCCCGAGCCAUCUGCCAGAAUACUUCAGGAAAUCAACGGAAGCAGUUCUUCAAGGGAAAGGUCACCAAGGAUGAUGAGCUUGUCAAGCACAUGAAAAACUUGCCGGGCUAUCUCCAGAGCAUGGAAAAGGGAAAAAACCUUCAAGGUAAGGCUCUGAAUGUCGGAGUUCUUGAUUGGGCACAUCUUGAGAAAUGGAAGCCGAGUCCAAACUGUGAUUUUAGAAGAGGUAGGUUCAGUUCAUCUCUGUAUGGCAGCGACAAGUCGUCGAAUAUCCCUAAAGGGUCAUUUAACUUACCCAGUGAUGCUCGCACUGAGAUACUUGCUCAGAAAAGCAAGCUACAGGCCUCCGCUAGUUUUGGUCUUUCUCAAUGUCCAAGACCAGCUAACCGAAAAGUCAUGCGCACUCAAGAUGCCGAAUAUGUUUCCAAUUUCACUUUUGAUGAGAAGAUGAAGAAGAAACUAGCUUCCACAUAUGAAUCUUCUGAAGGAAACCAUUCUAAUAUCAAGCAUAAAACCGGCAGGACUGAAGAAGGUAAAAGGAUUGCUUCGGGUACCAAUAAUCCAUCGAACUCGAAAAACCGCAGGAAUUUUCGAAGUUCAAAGGAGAAUUUCAGAGGUUUUGAUGCUCGUGUAGUGAAGAAGGUUGCGGAAAUCCCUCAACCGGUUUCUACAGAAAAUUAUGUAGAGCAAGAAAACACUUCAGGUAUAGGUGCUUCAUCAUCUUCAGAAUCAGGGAAACUUAAUGUCUCUAUGAUUGCAAAAAAAGAUGAAAUUAAUGAAAAAGUUGAUGGCCUUCGGGAUUCAGAUAUACAUUUGGAUUAUAAGUCCUCUUCUGGGAAGCAGACAAACAUAGUUCUUCUUUUACCCAAACGAUUUCCCAAGAGCAAUCUUGCAGAGAUGUCACAGCAAAAUGAUAUCAUAAGAGUCCCAGCUCAGAGUUCGUGUCGAGUAAAUCAGAAUAGUUCCUCUGGUUCCUUACUCUCUGAGGACCAUUCCACUGAACUAUGUCCUGAAAUUCCAUACUCCUGUCCUCUGCCAUCUCAUGACACAACUCAUUGUGAAAUACUUCACCAAGCUGCGAUGCUGUCUCCUGAUUCAUCUCCCCAUUUUCCUAGUGUAAAGAAACUGACUGAUAUUUCCUCAGAAGUCAAAUGUGGUCGGAAGCACCGGUCAAGCAGUGCGCUGGUGAAUCAAAAUCUAGCUGCUAACCUGAAAAUACUGGAGCUAGAAGCAGCUGAAAUGGAAUCAAGAAGAGGCAGCAGUUCAUCUCCCAGCCGCCGAUUCAGCUUUAGUUUAGGUCGGAUGAGGAAGAGUUUCAGCUUCAAAGAAAAUGCUUCUGUUCCGCAGUUGAGCUCGACAUAUGUCAGUGCCAAGUCUGGUCCAGUGGGAACUGGAGAUGCUCCUUGUCUUGACAUCUCAAGCCAUGAGAAAGUGAAUGCUCCAACAAGAGGUAGGUCUAGCCCUCUAAGAAGAUUGCUGGACCCGCUGCUGAAGUCCAGAUCAGCGAAUUCUCAUAGUUUAGCUGAAAAUAUCACGCCAUUCAAAGGGAAGUUGCACUCGAUGAGCCCUAGGCCAAUAACUGCCAAUGAACUGCUAGUCGUUGAAAAGCAUGACGAAUCGAAAGUUCAAGCUCUAUUGCAGCUCACUAUAAAGAAUGGGCUACCUUUGUUCAAGUUUGUGGUUGACAACAAUAGCAACAUUCUUGCAGCCACAAUGAAAGAUUCACCCCCUUCUGGAAAGGAUGGUGCUGGUCGUAGCUACACCUUUUACUCUGUUAAUGAAAUCAAGAAGAGAGGUGGGUGGAUGGGUCAAGGAAGCAAAGUUAAAAGAGGUGAUUUUGAGUACAGUAUGGUUGGUCAGAUGCAGGUAACGGACAAAACAUUUUCUCAUUUGGCAGCAGAAAGUUUCGGUGAGCACACUAUUACAAGAGAGUUUGUCUUGUCUGGUGCAAGACAGGCAGAUGCAGAGUUGCCAGACUUUCUACCUAACAGGGAACUUGCAGCCGCUGUCUUCAAGAUAGGAGCUGAUAGUUUUAGAUGUGAUGGAGAACAAGCAGAUUGCUGUAAAAAUUCGAGUGACUGUAACCCUGAAGAUUCUUUACUAGAGCAUAACUGCGAUUGCAAGUUUGCUAAUUUAAACCAUAAACCUUGCCCCGUGACGGUAAUACUUCCAGGGGGUGUUCACGGCUUGCCUAACAAGGGGGAACCUUCACCGCUGGUUUACAGAUGGAAAUCUGGUGGAUCAUGUGAUUGCGGUGGCUGGGACAUUGGGUGCAAAUUGCGCGUGCUCUCUAAUCAGAAUGCUUUCUCUAAUACUCCCAACUCAAAAGCCUGCUCAAUCUCAGAUUGCCUCGAACUUUUUGUCCAGGGAGAAGCUCAACUGAGAAGCCCCAUUUUCAGAUUAGCACCGUUUAGGAAGGGGAUCUACUCCAUCGAGUUUGAUUCGUCGAUCUCAUUGUUACAAGCAUUUUCCAUAUGCGUUGCAGUCCUUAGCUGUCUAACUUCUUCCGAUCCAUCUGAAGGUGAUUGCUCGCCUGAAAUAAGCACUGUGGGAGAACUGGCUUUGAAUAGGAAGGUCCCAAUGAAAGCCCCGUCUGUGAUAAAACAAGGCCGAGCUAAAUAUGCUCCAUUCCCUCCCCCGUCCCCUGUUGGAAGAGUUUGAACUUGAACUUUCCGCAGAGAUGGAUAUUUACAUUCCGGCAGCGAGAAACCUUCGGUACGACGGCAAAACAGGUAAUGCGCCUUGAAAAACUGUGGCGAAUUGCGGACAUAUGUCGUCAGAGACUUGAAAUGACUAUCGAGAAAGAUCCUUUCGAUGCAAACGUUCGGAAACGAAUUUGUCUUGCCAUUGCAUUCCUAUGCAAGUGGGGUAGCACUGUGUCAGAACCAGCCUUGUAUAAAGAAAAAUAACAUCAGUUAAGUGUACCCUACAUUUUGUCCUUGAGUGAAUGUAACGUCUACUACUCUCAAGCUUA